AUGGAGAAGGUGCAACAGAUGAUGAACGAAGAGAACAUGAAGACGGAGAUUCCGGCGCCAGAAAACAGCUCCGUCGCGGAAGUGGUGGCGAGCUCCGGCGGACUGACACGUCAGACGAGCAUCACGAAGAACAACUGCCUCUGUUCUCCGACGACUCACGCCGGAUCUUUCCGGUGUAGGCUUCACCGGACUCCGGCGGCUCCUCAGCCGUCGUCUCUCCAACGUACACAGAGCAUUGAGGCCGGUUCUCUUUAUGAAACUCCGGCGAAGAAGGCGGAUUCCGGCGACGGAAACGCUAACUAGUUUUAGAUUGUUUUAAAGUUUAUAUACGAUGUAUUUUUAAUUUUCGUGAUGAUUUGCAAAAGGUUGAUGCAUGCGUGGACCGGUCAUGUUACUUGUUGUUAUGAAUGUAGAUUCAAUCAAUCGGGACAUGGUGUAAUACCCUAUUAAAUUAAGUUAAUGGUGUUAUAAGAUUGUACUAAUUAA